AAAAGCAUGCAACAAGACUUGGAAGAAAUUAUCAAGCCAAAGUUGCGCAAUCCAGAAAAAAUAAAAAUGACAGAAUGUGAUUGGCAAAUACAUAACUCUGCCAGAAAAUGUUAUAUAUGUGAAGGUUCUCUACAUGAAACCCGAUAUAAUAAAGUAAAAUAUUUCGAUACUUCCAGAAAAUCCAUAGGUGCUUCACAUUAUGGCUGUGUUAAAAUCAAAUGUGAGGCCACAGAAGAAAAACUUGCAGAGGCUAUGUAUCAUACAGAAGGUUUAAGUAUAGAAGAAGAAAAUAUAUUCAAAACAGCGUCCGAAUAUUAUAUAUGUAAGAUGAAACUUCAAGCUGAUAUAAAUAAAAACAAG